AUGCUAGACAAGACAAAUGUUUUCUUAGACACAGUCCACAAGUUAGACAAGUCAAAUGUUUUCUUAGACACAGUUCUAAAGUGGAAUCUUAGUGUAGGGAAUCUUAGUGCAGGGAAUCUUAGUGCAGGGAAUCUUAGUGCAGGGAAUCUUAGUGCAGGGAAUCUUAGUGCAGGGAAUCUUAGUGUAGGGAAUCUUAGUGCAGGGAAUCUUAGUGCAGGGAAUCUUAGUGCAGGGAAUCUUAGUGCAGGGAAUCUUAGUGCAGGGAAUCUUAGUGUAGGGAAUCUUAGUGUAGGGAAUGUUAGUGCAAGGAAUGUUAGUGUAGGGAAUGUUAGUGCAGUGGAUGUUAGUGUAGGGAAUGUUAGUGCAUUUUAUGUUAGUGCAGGGAAUGUUAGUGAAGGGAAUGUUAGUGCAGGGAAUGUUAGUGCAGGGAAUGUUAAUGGAGGGAAUGUUAGUGCAAGGAAUGUUAGUGCAUUUUAUGUUAGUGCAGGGAAUGCUAGUGCAGGGAAUGUUAGUGCAUUUUAUGUUAGUGCAGGGAAUGCUAGUGCAGGGAAUGUUAGUGCAGGGAAUGUUAGUGCAGGGAAUGUUAAUGGAGGGAAUGUUAGUGCAGGGAAUGUUAGUGCAUUUUAUGUUAGUGCAGGGAAUACUAGUGCAGGGAAUGUUAGUGCAGGGAAUGUUAGUGCAGGGAAUGUUAAUGGAGGGAAUGUUAGUUCAGGGAAUGUUAGUGCAUUUUAUGUUAGUGCAGGGAAUGCUAGUCAGGGAAUGUUAGCAUUUUAUGUUAGUGCAGGGAAUGCUAGUGCAGGGAAUGUUAGUGCAGGGAAUGUUAGUGCAGGGAAUGUUAGUGUAGGGAAUGUUAGUGUAGGGAAUGUUAGUGCAGGGAAUGUUAAUGGAGGGAAUGUUAGUGCAGGGAAUGUUAGUGCAGGGAAUAUUAGUGCAGGGAAUGUUAGUGCAGUGGAUGUUAAUACAGUGGAUCUUGAUGUGCUUUUCAAAGUCUAG